AUGAUGGAGGAUUUCAACAGCGAGACAGACAGCGACUAUACAAGCUACUGGCGAGACUGGUUUGUUUCGUCACGGGGAAACGAAUACUUCUGUGAAAUCGAUGAAGACUACCUGACAGACCGAUUCAACCUGACGGGUCUUAACACCGAGGUCCCAUACUAUCAAUAUGCGCUGGACCUUGUGACCGACGUCUUUGACCUUGAUGCGGAUGAUGAUCUACGCGAGCAGAUUGAGAAGUCCGCUCGCCAUCUGUAUGGCCUGGUUCACGCACGCUAUAUUGUUACUACCCGCGGUUUGGCCAAAAUGCUUGAUAAAUACAAGAAGCUCGACUUUGGAAAAUGCCCACGGGUGAUAUGCGAUGGCCACCCUCUUCUGCCAAUGGGCCAGUCUGAUCUCCCCAGUAUGACUACCGUUAAGCUCUACUGUCCCAAGUGCGAGGACAUCUACAACCCCAAAUCUUCCCGACAUGCCUCAAUUGACGGUGCUUACUUCGGCACCUCCUUCCACUCCAUUCUUUUCCAAGUCUACCCGGCAUUGAACCCCGAAAAGAGCUUGCGUCGUUAUGAGCCCCGUAUUUACGGCUUCAAGGUUCACGCCGCUGCUGCUCUGGCGCGCUGGCAAGAUAGCCACCGAGAGGACCUCCACUGGCGUCUAGGUGAAUUUGAUAUGGCGCAUAGGUUCAUCGAGGAAAGCGAAAGUGAAGAUGAGGAUGCCUUUGAGUAUGGUGAACAGGCUCCUGAGGCAAAGGUCGAGAAAGUAGCCGGGGAUGCGGCAUCCGGUCGCAUGGAUCUUGGCAACUGA